AAACGAUUCAGUCACAAAACGCGCAUCGUAUCGCAUCGCAGCGCCACCGCUUGGCCCUCGCAUUUGUCUCCGCCUGUCUUGACUCCUCCGUGCGUGCGAUCCAUGUGAAAAACGACAUUAAUCAGCAGCUUAAACGCUUUGGAUUAACCAUUUUGGAUAUCAUUUAUCAUACGGAUUUGGGAACAGAAACACUCGAAUUGGAUUACUCCCUAAACCAACAUGUUGCGUGUUGAUUAUAAAAUGUUUGCCAUCAUUUUGGCUACAACAGCGGCGACACUUUGGAGCAGCUUCGGCCAGGCUCAGCUGCUGGACGAGGACGAUGACUUGGCUUUCGGCAGACCCUGGCCCACGUACAGUCUGCAGAAUAUGCCCAAGACGCAGUUCACCUGCCACGACAAGAUACUUGGCGGCUACUAUGCGGAUCCCGAGACGCAGUGCCAGAUGUUUCAUGUGUGCGUGAAGCUGCCGGGAAUUGGGCUCGUACAUCGAAGAGUUAAUCCGUUUGUCCAACAGGUGCAAGAUUAUCGUUUCCUUUGCCCCAACACAACGGCCUUUGACCAGGAGCUGCAGAUCUGCGCCAAUUGGGCGGACGUGGACUGUGACAAGGCCACCUCCUACUAUGACAACAACAAUCUGAACGAUUUGUAUCGCGACGGCGACAGCAAGAGCGCCAACGAGGAGGAGGCCACCUUCCACCUGCAGCGUGCAGAAACAGGUGAUGUACGAAGAUCUAAGGAGCAGAGCCGCGGUGACCAAAAGUCACGCCAGCGACACAAUUACGGCAGCAAUUCCGGUACCGGUUCCAGCUCUAGUUCCAGCUCCAGUUCCAGUCCCAAUUUGGAGAUCACGCAAUCCACAAAGCGACCCAUUUCCAGCUAUUACACUCCAACAACAUCGAGCACCACCACAUCCACGACAUCCACAACAGAGCGCAACUAUUACAGCAACAACAACAACAAUUAUGGUGGCAGCAGCAACAACAACGAUGACUCGAAGCAAGACUUUGAUGAUAUCUUCAAGGGUUCCCAUAGCUCGCACUUCUUCUCGAACCGCCAGGGCGGACGUGAGUACGAUGAGGAAUCAUCAUCAUCGGCGGGAGGAGCACGACCCAAGCCCAACGAUUUCAGCGAUUACAAUCGCAAGACCACGGAGGCGUCCAGCAAGUCGCGAGUCACGCCCACCCGGGGACAGCGCCUCACAAGCAGCACCGCAGCAGCGGCUCCGAGCACCAGCAGCAGCAGCACCAGCAAGUCCCCGCUGAAGAAGAUCACGUUGCAUGCCUCUUUCAACACGGACUUUCUAGACUACACGCCACAGAGCAGAACAACGACGACGCCCCGACCCAGCAGCAGCAUCACCAGUCGCUUCAGCUUUGGCUCGAGUGACUAUCAGACACAGGAGCGCAUCCAGCCCACCACCUACAACCCGAACAGUGGCGCUUAUCGCUACAAGAGCACGCCGCCGCCCAAGUACACGGAGCAGCCGUCGAGCUCCACCAAGUUGACGGGCAAGAAUGUGCAGGACUACGACAAGGAGACCACCAAGCGGCACAAACCCACUGUGGCAGCUCGCAAACAGAAGCUCGGGCCCCAGGAAUCCAACUACAUCAAUCACAAUGAGUUUGUGGAUGUGCCCAAGAGCAGGGUGCAGCAGCCGCAGCCCUUCCAGGCCACGCAGAACAAGCUGGAGCCGCACUAUCAGCGACCCAAGCAGCAGCAGACACUGUCGCGAGUGGGCAGCCAGGAGCCGGCGCCGUUCAAGGCCUCCUCCAGCUCCGGACCGAGUGCCAAGCCACGUUCGUUCACCAGCCGCGGCAGCAUCACCUACAAGGCAACCACCGAACGUUAUGUGGAGGAUGAGCUGCGCUAUCCCACCACACCAGCCAGUGCACCAUCGCCAGCUGCCGUGAAGAAGGUCACGCUUGCGGCCAGGGACUCUUACACGCCGACCACGUUCAAGCCCACAACUUACAAGAAGUCCUACGAGCAGAACUUCCACCAAGCACAGCAGACACCGCGGCCCAGUCAAGGUGCCACGAAGAAGGUAUCGACAGUGGCUGGAGGGCUACCCACCACAGCCAAUCCGUACUACAAUGUGGAUGAGGAUGAUGGCCAGUAUCAUCCAGAGCUGUAUGAGAACGAUUUCCCGCGCAAUCGCUUCAAGUUUUUGCGCACUCGAGCCUCCAGUUCGACGAGCACAACGACGCCGAGUGCGCCGCCAGCUAGCAGCAGGCAGCCGCACGGUUUUCAGCAAGCGCACAGCCAUCUGAAGAGCCAGCAGCAGUCCGCCUACCAGAAGGAGCGUGACUCGGAUCUCAGCGAUGAGGAUGAGUUGUUCAAGACGGCUCAGUCGCUGAACUUUGGCGCUGCGAGCAUCAACAAGCUGCGGGCGGACAUCUACAAGGCGGAGAAGACGUCGCAGCAGUACAACUCUCAGUACAGUCCGCAGUUAACGCCAUCUAGUCCGAAGACAACCGCCCAGACAACCAGCAGGCCAACGACUUAUAGCACCACUCAACUGACUAGCACCACCACAACGACAACUAGCACCACGACCAGGCGACCAAGCACAACAAAGACAACGACCACAACCAGCACAACGAGUGCUGCACCACACGUGGAGGCCAAGAAGUCGGCCAGAAGCAAAAAGGAGAAGCAGCUGGACAAGAAGGAGAGGACUGCAGGCAAACGGCAACGGCCACCGUAUGCGGAUGAGGACACCAGCUAUGACUAUGCCUACUACGACACGGACUGAGCUACGCUCCCCAGUCCUGGCCCCAGCACACGAUCUAACUAACUACUCACACAACUGUACCUUUAAUAACUCCAUUUUUCACUGCCUUUGACCAUUAACUAAUUAUACUAUUCAUAGCGUAAACGAUCAAGCAACCAUAUACAUCCAUUUCUCAAAGGUAAAGCUCCUGUUCCGCCUUGCAUUAUCUUUCACCUGCAUAUCGAUCGUAUAAUGAUGAACCCGCUUAGCCACGCCCCCGUUAACACUCGCGUACAUUCAUUUAAUCAGAUUUCAGAUUACAUAUUCCGAAUCAAGAUGCGUUCUAAUGCAUUUCCAUGCGUGUAUCUAGUUAUUUAAAUAAACGAAAAGAAAGUAUAUGUUUAGUCGUUAGACAAUUGUUAAAAUGAAAGCAAAUAACGAAAGGAAGCCCAAAAUUGUAUCGAAGAGCGGCUGAUUUUGUACUUGUUGUGUAAUAUUCAAUGAAUUCACUACAAAAUUGUAUUAACUUUAAGGUUUCUUGUAAAUAAAAUGAUAUGUAAUUCAUAAAAAAA